UUACAACAAUAAAAGAUAACAGCUGGAGCCCCUUCGGCACCGCACCCUCUCUUCCUCUUCUCUAGGGUUCCACAUUUUCCAAAUUAUAACCAUCUUCCCUCGUCGCUCGGUUCAUACAUAUUUUUAAUCAUUUCUUUUCUUGUUUGAAAUUUCGAUCAAAAGUUUAGGGUUGAAACAGUAGGCUGUUUGUGUCCGGGACGGUAUCGGUGAUGAGCGCCAGCAGCAACGGCGGUCCUGAAUCGCCGUCGGGUCAGAGAACCGACUCCGUUGGCGACGAGCGUACCUUUGUUUCAACUGGUGGGGGUGAUUCCGGGGCACGCUUGGGAUUAGAUGCAGUGGGUUCCACUGACGGAGCAGCUAGGGUUUCACUGGCGGACGCCGAUGGAUCAGUUGAAACGAGGGUUUCUAGCAAUAUGAGUGAAUCUAGGGUUUUGAAGCUAGAAGAGGAGGAAAUUAGACGCGGAGAUGCGAGUGGCGGUGCUCUGGAGAAUCAGCCUAGUUCUUCUGUUUUAAGGGGGAACACUGAUGAUAAAAAGAAGGCUGAUUUACGGAACGGUAAUUCUGAUAAGAGAGUAAAAAGUGCGGCGGAGGAUUAUGAUUCAAUUUUGUCGGAAUUUGACCAGUUUGCCGCUAAAGGAUUGGGUGAGGCUGUUGGAUAUGGGUAUGAAAUUGGAGAUAUGGUGUGGGGUAAGGUGAAAUCGCACCCGUGGUGGCCUGGACACAUUUAUAAUGAGGCGCUUGCUUCUCCUUCUGUUAGGAGAAGUAAGCGAGAGGGCCACGUGUUGGUAGCAUUUUUUGGGGACAGUAGCUAUGGAUGGUUUCAACCAGGGGAGUUGGUUCCUUUCGAAGAGAACUUUGCGGAGAAGUCUCAGCAAACAUCCUCACGGCCUUUUGUGAAGGCGGUGGAGGAAGCUGUAGAUGAGUUAUCAAGAAGACGGAGCUUGGCUUUGGCCUGCCGAUGUAGAAAUGAGUUCAAUUUCUGGCCCUCUAGUGUCCAGGGUAACUUUGUUGUGGACGUGGGCGAUUAUGAGCCUGGGGUUUAUUCAUUGACUCAGAUAAAUAAGGCAAGAGAAACAUUUCAGCCAAUAGAGAUGCUUUCUUUUGUUCAGCAUUUGGCUUUGACACCCAUCGCUAACCAAAAUCGGACCAUUGGGUUUAUCAAGAACAAGGCCACAGUUCUGGCAUGCAGAAAAGCACUGUAUGAAGAGUUUGAUGAGACAUAUGCACAGGCCUUUGGAAUGGUGCCAGUUCGCCCUCCUAGGCCCAGUGCACCGGUGGCUGUGGAUCCAUCCAAAGCUCCAUUGAGUGGCCGACUGGUGAUUGCUGAAGCCCUUGGUAAGAGUAAACUCUCUGCAAAAAGUCCUAAAACGAAAGAGCAACUGGAGAAGGACAAAUAUCUUUUUAAACGGCGAGAUGAACCAAAUCACAUAAAGACCAAGAAAGCAAGUUCAACUCAAGCGGUCCGCGCUGCUCUUUCAAUUUCGCUUGAUGGAUCGGGGUUAUCAGGGAUGCUAGCGGACUCUGGCAUAAAAGGCCACAUGCACCAAACUUCUGUAUCUGGUAUCAGUGAUGGUCAGCAUCAACCCACGAAUGAUCAGGCAUCCAUUGUCAGUGAUAUCAAAUCUUUUGAAGCUUCCAGGAAACUUGUUGAAGGUGGAGUGAAGAAAGUCAAGGUACACAAGCGGCGUGCCGGGGAAUUGAAUGCUGAAAAUGCAACCCCAAUUGAGGAAGAGAAAAAGAAGAAGAAAAAGAGAAAGAAAGAAAUAAACAUUGAGCGGCCAACUGGGGAAUUGACUGCUGAGAAUGUAAUUCUGGUUGAGAAGAAGACGAAAAAGAAAGAAAUAAGAGCCGAAACCAGCACUGACCCUGUGCAGUUGCCUCUUGCUAAUAGCAGCGGAGUAGCAGUGGAGAAAGUACCAGAAAUGCUAUUUGAUGUUCCACUUGAUGCUAAUAAACAGCCUGGCAAUGAGAAGGAUGGUGUAUCCGGUUCUUCAUCUCUGGUGGAGGCACAGCGAGCAGUUGACCUUGGGCAAGUAGAACUCCAACAACUAGUGACAGAUCUGCGUGCUCUUGCCCUCAAUCCAUUUCAUGGAGAGGAGAGAAAUUGCCUAUCUAUCACCCUAUCAUUUUUCUUGAAGUACCGCUCUCUUAUAUAUCAGAAGAGCUUGGUUUUAUCGCCGCCAACUGAGAAUGAGACAAGUGAAGUGCAUUCCAAUCUCUUACCUGCUUCUACUGCUUUGCAUGGUCCUGGUGAUAAUGACAAGUCAUCUGUGAAGCUUACGAGACCUUCGGUCAGGCCUGAUGAUCCAACCAAAGGUGGUAAGAAACGUGUUCCACCCGACCGUCCGGAAGCCAUUAAGAAAAGAAAGAAACUUGAUGGCUCAGAGGAUGUGAACAAAAAGAAAAAGCUCGUUGACUCAGAGGACAUCAAGAAGAAGAAGAUAAUAAACGAGUCGAAGUUGUCAACUGUGGAAAAGAAGAUUCCCCAGAGGUCUACUGAAUUGCAGUGGGGGGAUAUGAAGGAAAUUACUGAAAAAAAUGUGCCUCCAACACUAACAAAAGCAGGAAAAUUAGAUUCUGGUAGGAGAAUGGAGCAACCAGCGAGAGUGCCCAAUCCAACUAUGCUAGUCAUGAAGUUUCCAACUGGUGCGGGUCUUCCAUCUGGUGCAGAGCUGAGAGCAAAAUUUGCUCGUUUUGGUCCCCUUGAUCAUUCGGCUACUCGAGUGUUUUGGAAGUCAUACACAUGUCGUCUGGUCUUCCGGCAGAAGGUUGAUGCACAAGCUGCGUUGAAGUUCGCAAUUGGAAGCAGCAACUUAUUUGGAAAUGCAAACGUGCGGAGCUACAUCAGGGAGGUGGGAGCCGAGGCAGUGGAAUCAGAACCUGUCAGGGUUCAGAAGGAAGACUCAGCUGGGGUCACGCAGUCCAGAAACUCCACACUUGAGCACCGGACGUCUGCGAAAGUCACUGUGCAACCACCUCAGCAGUCGGUGCAGCUCAAGUCCUGCCUCAAGAAGCCGUCUGCUGAAGAAGGCGGUAAUGGCAAUGGUAGAGGUACCCGUGUAAAGUUCAUUUUGGGUGGGGAGGGAAGCACUAAAACUGAACAACUUUCUAGUUUUCCUGAGGGUACAUCAUCUUAUGCACAUUCAAUGGAUUCUGUUAGUAAGAAUUUGCCAACAUUUGUUCCUCAAUCCACUGUUACUCCUUUGCCUGCUCAUCAGUUCCAAAACUUUCCAAUUAAUAUGCCUACUGCUGAGCCACCACCUAGAUCUCUUAACGCCCCACCCGCCACACCCACAAACGACAUUUCGCAACAGUUCCUAAGUCUUCUAAUAAGGUGCAAGGAAGUGGUAACCAACUUGACUGAGGUAUUAGGCUAUGCGCCUUACCAUGCUCUUUAAGAUUGGAUUGAAAAGUGAGGAUGACGCUUUUAAGAAACGGGACGAAAAUAAUCAGUUCAGAGUUGAUGAACGACAACCAGUGAGGUGCGGUGUGGAUGGAGACGAACCAGACAAUCAGUUGAUCUGAGAGAGUGGGUUCCAGUUGAUCCGAGAAAGUGGGUUCUGUGGAGACGAACAAGACAAUGAGUUGAGCAAAUUCUGUUUCUGUGUCAAGAUUUGCAAAUGCAAAAUUAAGAUUGUUGUUAGUGAUAACGUUAGAGUUCUCUACCUCCGACUUCUAUAAUUUUCUCUUUCUGUUGCUACUCUUUUCAUGUGAAAUUAUUGCCUUGUCUCCUUUUAA